AUGAGUUCCCAUCCUGCGCCCGUGCCAUUCUGCAUCCGUUGGGGUAUUAUCGCCACAGGAAGCAUUGCUGAAACAUUUGCAAAAGACCUUCUCGUUGAUCCCGCGUCGCGAGGUGUUACUGAUGUGUCGCAUUUAUUGGUGGCGGUGGCAUCUUCGCGAUCCACCGAGAUCGCCAGCCGCUUCAUCAACAAGGUCGGAGCGCCGUCGUCCUGCAUUGCGUAUGGUAGCUACGACGCUCUGGUGGCGGACCCCCGCGUAGAUGUCGUCUACGUCGCCUCUCCACAUUCCCAUCACUACCAGAAUGCUAUGCUCGGGCUGCAGGCCGGAAAGCAUGUGCUCUGCGAGAAGCCCUUUACUGUGACGGCUAGACAGGCACAUCGACUCGUCGAGACCGCUCGCGCGCGUAAACUUUUCCUCAUGGAAGCCAUGUGGACACGCUUCCUGCCAAUAUCGGCUCAGAUUCGGCAAGAAGUCCAGAAUGGCGCCAUUGGGCCCGUUAUUCGGAUCUUUGCUGAUAACUCGAUCGGAACGAACGCUUUGAAGGAGUUGAAGGACAGCUAUCUUACCAAGAAGGAGUUGGCUGGGGGCGCGUUACUAGAUUUGGGCGUAUACCCAGUCCACUGGAUCAUGCAGACCCUCGCUCCCAGGCCCGAUCCCAAGCCCAGCAGUAUCCUAUCAGCAAUAACACCCCUUCUUGGCGCCGGGGUGGAUGAAUCGACAACCAUUCUUAUGACCUUCCCCGGCACAAGUCCAUCCCCUGUAUCCGUGCAGGCGAUUGCCAGUUCCAGCCUACGCGCCAUGGCGGAUCCGGAUGGUCACACCCCGGUAGUACGAAUCCAGGGAGACAGCGGGGAAAUCCAAAUCUAUGGCCGGCCUUGGUGUCCGUCCAAGUACCGGAUCAUCAAACGAGUGCAGCAGUUUGGUAUUACAGGUGGAGGGGAAGACUUCGAGUAUCGAGUCCCAGGGGGCGCACAUGGGCUUUGCUUCGAAGCGGACGAGGUCGCCCGUUGUGUCCGAGAUGAACGCCUGGAAAGUGCAAUCAUGCCGUGGACGGAAAGCCUGACUGUCAUCGAGAUACUGGAUGCAGUGCGUAGGGCUCAUGGGCUUUUCUUUUCAGAGAUCGUCGAGUCGGAGCAGUAUCCAGUAACUAUGCCCGUUAAGAUGAACUAA